ACGAAAGAAUAUUCAGAACCAGGAAAUGCAGCCGUUUCCAAUAUGGAGGUACCCAUGAGUUUUGAAGGAGACUUAUUUCAUAGUCUCAUAAUCUUUCUGUAAUGCAAGUAUUGGAAGUAUUGGCAAUCGAAUAUCCCUUAUGCGUAAAGAUGUUAAAUCAUGCACACUUGCCCACAUAUUCCUGCUAAGAUAAGGAUCAACACUACGCAUUUGCAAUGAACUGCACUCGCUGUCUACUGCGGCUGCAUAGUUUGGGCUUCUUAGCCCCCUCUGCCAGAGCCUCUUUCCAGCACACUGCCUUGAUCCAGACAUCCUCAGUGCAUACAAUAACAACAGCCCUAAUCCCACACAAGACUUAUUGUCAGACUCAGAGGCAUUUCCAUGGCAGCCCAGCAUGUGCAAAGAGCCAGCCUAUGACAACAGACCACGGAGAGGAGGAGGAGGAUGGGAAACGGAAGAACCGGUCUCUGGUAACCCACGACGACUUGUUUGAGAGAGCGUCCAAGGAUGCCAAAUCCAAAGCUACCUUUAACAGAGUGUUGGAGGUCUUCACAAGGAGGGACAUUCGACGGAGGGGUCACGUAGAGUUCAUAUACGCUGCCCUGAAGAAGAUGCAGGAGUUUGGUGUGGAGCGGGACAUCGCCGUGUACAACAAGCUGUUGGAUGUGUUUCCUAAAGAGGUUUUUGUGCCCAGGAACUUCAUUCAACGCAUGUUCAACCACUACCCCAGACAACAGGAGUGUGGAGUACAAGUGCUUGAGCAGAUGGAGAACUAUGGCAUCAUGCCCAACGUGGAGACGAAGGUCCUGUUGGUCCAGAUCUUUGGGGAGAAGAGCCACCCUAUCCGAAAGUUCCAGCGUCUCAUGUACUGGUUCCCCAAGUUCAAGCACGCCAACCCCUUCCCCGUCCCCCUCCAGCUCCCGGAGGACCCCGUCGACUUGGCACGCUUCAGUCUGAAGCGCAUCGGCAACGACCUCGACGCCAAGGUCACCGUCUACCAGAUGCCGUCUACGGACAUCUUGGAGACGGGAGAGGAGAUCACGCUGCCUCACGUCGUAGGUAUCCAGAGCCCAGACCAGAAGGAGAUGCUGGCGAACCACAACCCCAGCAAGCCAGUGUUUGUGGAGGGACCCUUCCCCCUGUGGCUCAGGAACACAUGUGUCAAUUACUAUGUGCUGAGGGCUGACCCCCUGCCCCCAGAGGAACAGGUUGAAGAGCCGUACGACCCAGAGAGAUGUUUUGAUUACCCACUUCAGUUGGACCUGGACCUGGACAGGGACAUGGGGGAUGAUACCAGCUUCCAUGUGGACAAAGUGGAGGAGGGCCAGGUGUAUGCCAUGUGCAUGUCGGGCCAGGGAGACCAAGCCACCCUCAACCAGUGGAUCUCCGGCCUCCAGGAGGCCAACCCCAUCCUGGGCCGCAUCCCCACGCUCUUCCGCCUGGACGCCGGGCCCAGGGAGCUCCAGGGGGUGGUUGACCCUGAUCCAGGGCACGGCUACGAGGCUGACCCAGACAUGGAUGCCCGGCCCGGGGAAGAGAAACCAGGGUCGGACACUGUGGUGGUGGAGGAGGAACUGGAGCCCGGACACAGACAAGGACUGAAGCAGGGCGCUUCAGGACUAUGAAAGGGUCCAGUUUGAGAACUUGGAUCAGCGAAUACAGUUAGACACAUUUUAAGAAUACCCCCACUAGCAAUUUUACCGCUGAUACCAUCAUCAUGUUGAUCCGCAAAUAUAAAAGGAGAAUGUGGGCUAUACAAUCUGUUGCUAUAAUCAGUUUAUUUCCUGUACACAAACGGGAGUGUGAGCUUAUUAAGCAAAUACGGUAGAUAUGCGUAUUUACUCUGCUGCUGUUCAAAUUCACAUGUCGCUUUAAGUUAUUCCCCUUUGAAGAAUUUUAGAAUUUGCACUGUGUGUGAAGUCAACAAUAAAUUUCUCUCAAGACGUGAA